UUACGCUCCACAAUGCAGUUCCAUUUAUCGGCUUUGGAUUUCUAGACAACUUCAUCAUGAUCAUGGCGGGGGAAUACAUUGACACUUACUUUGGCGCUGCACUCGGCAUUUCUACCAUGGCAGCUGCGGCCUUAGGAAACUGGCUGUCUGACUUGGCUGGAGUGGGGACUGCCCAUUAUGUGGAGUAUGUGUUCAGUAAAUUUGGAGUAAGGUCGCCGGCCCUCCUACCUGAACAGGUGGACAUGAAGCAAACAAGAUGGGCAUCUAAUAUGGGGCGGGCAGUGGGCAUCAGUAUCGGCUGUAUAUUAGGCAUGUUCCCAUUGCUGUUUAUGAAAGGACGGGAGGAAGAGGAAUCGACUGAGGACAAGUCCUAAUGAAGACUGUUUUAGGAUAUUCUUAUUUUAUAUAGACAGUGCAAUAUAGAUCGGUUUGUUGUUUUGAAGCCGAACUGACAUCUACAGUUGCCCAAGUCUGUCAAAGUCUAGAUAUCUAACAUUUCUACUUAGAAAAGAAUCUCAUUAAUCCGAUGUUAUUUGGUUUCCUGGAAAAUAUUUGGAAUAAUAUUUUCAGGAUACCUGAAACAUUUAUCAUUGGAAAUGUCUUAACAUAAUAACAGUCCGGACUUUUCCGGACAGUUGUAGUCCGGGGGAGUAAAAAAGGUUCUACUGUAUUUGUAAAAGACAUCUAUUUAGAUAUUUAUUCUUGUAGAAUAUUGAAGUGUCAAAUUUCUUUUUAACACUUUUGUGAGGUCCUUUACUGUCUAAAGAUUGUUCAGGUAACAGGACUUUGACAACAAAGGGAACAACUGUAUGGUACCGUAUGUGUUUGUCCCCAUUUUAUCAGGUGAACGACACGAACCUGAUUGUAUUGUAGUGAUUGAUCCCGGUUUGACGAGGUGACGAUUGUGUUUCCAUGGUUACCCUAUUCUCGCUAGCUCACCAUCUUUUUAAUGGAUGAGAUAUUUUAUUCAAUAUAUUUUUAUACUUAAGAUGUAAAAUUUGUAUCAUUGAAAAUAAUAUUAACAGCUUUAAAAACUUUCUGCCUUUGAACACCUUUUUAAUUUGUUUGUUUAUUUUAUGAACUUGGAAUUAGAUAUAUACAGUUUUGUAUCAGUAAGGUCUCUGCUAAAUCCACGUGUCCAGCUUGCUCGGGUCCUUAUCAACUACAGCUAGAUUUUGUGUAGACAAUAUGAGCAGUAUUUUUAUGAUGAACACUUUUAUCUCAAAUACCAUGAUUAUCUUGAAAAAGUCUUUUUUAAUCCUAUUGAUGAUUACUGCGAUGUAUUUAAAGUAAAAUGUAUAGUUAAAAGCUUGUUACAUUGCCUCCAUUUGAUCAACCAUAUUUUGGCAUAAUAAAGAGGUUUUGAGAUAAACCGAGGGAGAAAUAGAAAUCAAGGGUAAAUGAUGCCUUGCAAAAUAUUGCCACCAUUUUGCCUGCCAAUUAAGUUUGGGCAUUAUAAAGGGGUUUGACCAUAUAUAGGGGGAGACAUAUAAAGGAAUGUUAAGAAUAAAUAAAAGUGGCCAUAAUAUAUUAGUGGUUAUCGAGGUGGCAUAAUAUCAAGGUUUUGUUUUAUUGAUUGACACCUUUUUAUUUCAAUGUUUAUUUUAUCUCAAAGUUAUUCAAGUUCCUUAAGACAACUUCUAUGGGACAGGGUUCAGCUUUAUUUGAAGAAUUUGUAUCCGAGAAGCUCUGUCUGUUAUGUAUAGAAUUCAUUCCAUCCCAGCUACCUCCCAAAACUCUUUACCAGUAAUUACUAGACAUACGAUUGUAAAUUAGGUCAAUCAUUUGAGGCCUCCUCCCCAAGUUGAUCAUGGGUGCCCCCUACACUUCUAGAGUUUUCAAGGUAAUAUGAGUUGGGGAGUUGCAGAAAGGAGACUUUUCUUUGGCAAUUUUUAAUACUUAGAAAUGAACAAAACGGUGCAGUAGUCAUUCUCAUGUUAUAGCAUGACAUAUUUCUAUUUUACACAGGGGCAG